CUGCCGGAGCCGGGCACCACCGUGGUACGCUGGGGAGUUGACUGCCGGCUUCCCGGCUCGGCGCCAGCGUGCGUGUGGCCACCACGCAGUGAGCAGCAGAGACACUAAGCAGUGACACAACCGGCCCCAUUGUCCCACACUACCCCUUAGGAGCAGCUUUUCUUGGAGUUGAUCAUUUUUUACUUUUACUGCGGUGUGGCCAAUGUGACUUGUACAUGGGGACUAGUUUUUAUUUUAUUUUAUUUUUUUAAUCUUGACUUAGUUGGAGGGCAAAUGGGGAAGUGUCUUUAUAGUCCGACUAACUUCUCCUCUGCAGAAAUGGGCUGGGGACACCUUCCCUCUUGGAGACGCCCUGUCCCCCUUUCUUUAAUUGUCGGUCGCACCCGUUGUCUUUGAGUUGACCGCCUGUGGGCGCUGGAGACCGGACCUUCCUUUCCCUUCUCUAAAGAGUCCCAAUUCGAUCCCAAGGCGUUGCGGCUGAGUAAAGGGACCCAAAGUCAGGCCGUCUCUGGGGAGGCAGCGUCUUCGGGGGCCGCCAGCUUACACACUGACGUCCGACCUCCGAGCCACCGCCGGUCCAGGGCGGAUCGCGGCCCCCGGCGCGCCGCAGCCUCCCCGCCGACGCCGGCCCGGCCCGGCCCCUGCGGCCGCUCGGAAAACGCGGCGAGCGGAACCCGCACGCGGAAGCGCCGGUCGCACUGAGCAUGCCCAGUCGCAGCCCGGCCGGAGGAGUUUUUUUCUUUUCUUUUCUUUCUUCUUAUUUUCUUUUGGAUUUUUUAAAGUCUCAAGUAGGAGGCGCCCUCCCCCCCCCCGCCCCCGCUCCAGCUCCCUUCACCACCACCCCUCACACACCCCCCUCCCCGGCCUAAGCAGCUACCAUGGCCGAGGUCCCCGGCGUGGCGUUGUCCCAGGCGGGUUGGUAUCUUUCAGAUGAAGGCAUUGAAGCUUGCAAAAGUUCUCCUGAAAAAGUCAAUAUAAAUGACAUCAUCCUGAUUGCUCUCAAUACAGACUUGAGAACAAUCGGCAAGAAAUUCCUACCUAAUGACAUCAGUGGUGGAAAGGUAGAAAAGCUUGAAGGUCCUUGUGUUUUGCAAAUACAAAAAAUUCGUAAUGUUGCUGCACCAAAAGAUAAUGAAGAAUCUCAGGCUGCACCAAGAAUGCUACGCUUGCAGAUGACUGAUGGUCAUAUAAGUUGCACAGCAGUGGAAUUUAACUAUAUGUCAAAAAUAAGCUUGAAUACACCUCCUGGAACUAAAAUUAAGCUCUCAGGCAUUGUGGAUAUAAAAAAUGGAUUCCUGCUCUUGAAUGACUCUAACACCACAGUUCUUGGUGGUGAAGUGGAACACCUUAUUGAGAAAUGGGAGUUACAGAGAAGCUUAUCAAAACACAAUAGAAGCAAUAUUGGAACUGAAGGAGGACCACCUCCUUUUGUACCUUUCGGACAGAGGUGUACAUCUCAUGUCCAAGUGGAUAGCAGAGAACUUGAUCGAAGAAAGACGUUGCAAGUUACAAUGCCUGUGAAACCUACAAAUGAUAAUGAUGAAUUUGAAAAGCAAAGAACUGCUGCUAUUGCAGAAGUUGCAAAGAGCAAAGAAACCAAGACAUUUGGAGGAGGUGGAGGUGGCGCUAGAAGUAACCUCAACAUUAGUGCUGUUGGUAAUCGAAACCGGGACGUUUUACAGAAAGAAAAGCCAAUCAAAUCAGAGGGGAAACAUGAAGGUGUCUAUAGAGAACUGGUUGAUGAAAAAGCUCUGAAGCACAUAACAGAAAUGGGCUUCAGUAAGGAAGCAUCAAGGCAAGCUCUUAUGGAUAAUGGCAACAAUUUAGAAGCGGCAUUGAAUGUGCUACUUAACAGCAAUAAACAGAAACCUCUUACAGGUCCACCUCUGAGAGGUAAAGGAAAAGGCAGGGGGCGAAUAAGAUCUGAAGAUGAGGAAGACCUGGGAAGUGCAAGGCCAUCUGCACCAAGUACAUUAUUUGAUUUCUUGGAGUCUAAAAUGGGGACACUGAAUGUGGAAGAACCUAAAUCACAAUCACAGCAACUUCAUCAAGGACAAAACAGAUUAUCAAAUACUGAGCAAAAUGGAGUAAAAGAUAAUAAUCAACCAAAGCAUUUUCCACGAAAUGAUACUAGGCAGCCGCGAAAUGAAAAACCUCCGCGUUUUCAAAGAGAUGUGCAAACUUCCAAAUCAGUUUUAGAAAGCAGUGGAUUACCUAGAAACCGAGGUUCUGAAAGAUUGAAUACUGCUUCACCUGAAGUUUGGACUGAAGAGAGAAUUAAAUGUGAUAGACCAUAUUCUAGAUAUGAUAGAACUAAAGAUACUUCAUAUCCUUCAAGUUCUCAGCACAGUGACGGUGCUUUUAGAAAAAGGGAUAACUCUAUGCAGAACAAAUCAGGCAAAGUUCCCUACUAUGCAGAAGCAAAGGAAAGUCCACUUCCUCCAGAAUCUGUGGAUUAUUAUAAUCAAAAACGUGGGAAAAAAGAAAACCAAAUUGUAAAUCCUGACCAGUUUUAUGACAGGAAACCACGAACAGUAAGUAAUGAAGCUUUCAGUGGUGUAAAAGUUGAAAAGCAUUUUAAUGUAAAUACUGAUUACCAGAAUCCUGUCCGAACUAACAGUUUCAUUGGAGUUCCAAAUGGAGAGUCAGAAAUGAUACUGAAAGGAAGGCGAGUAGGACCUAUUAAACCAACUGUUCCCAUCACAACUACAUCCUAUGAUGAUAAAAUAUUUUACAAUAGUGGACCCAAAAGAAGAUCUGGGCCAAUUAAGCCAGAAAAAGUACUAGAAUCAUCUAUUCCUAUGGAGUAUGCAAAACUGUGGAAACCUGGAGAUGAAUGUUUUGCACUUUAUUGGGAAGACAACAAGUUUUAUCGAGCAGAAAUUGAAGCUCUCCAUUCUUCAGGUAUGACAGCAGUUGUUAAGUUUAUUGAUUACGGAAACUAUGAAGAGGUUCUAUUGAGCAACAUCAGGCCCAUUCAAACAGAAACGUGGGUGCCAGCACUAUGAAUCCACUGCUCCUGGAGGCUAUUUUUCCCAUUUUUGUUGCCCUUGUUGUGGUUGUUAUUAUUAGUGUUACUGUUGUUAUAGCAGUUGUUGUGGUUGGAUAGGACAGAAAGAAAUCAAGAGAGGAGGGGAAGACAGAAAGGGGGAGAGAAGGAUAGACACCUGCAGACCUGCUUCACUGCUUGUAAAGCGACCCCCCUGUAGGUGGGGAGCUGGGCUAUCGAACCCGGAUCCUUAUGGCGCACAUAUCCUGCUGCGCUACUGCCCAGCCCCUGAAACCAUUAACUUUAAGGGAAAAUUGAAAGUCUGUAACAGUGAUAUUCUGCCAAUUAGUGUCUAGUAAAACGUUCAAGCACAUAUCUAAUCGUAGUCCAGAGAUUGUUUGCAUCCUUGCUUAUGAAGUUUUAAAUAAAUUAGUGAGUGCAAUUUUCCAUUUUUCCUUUUUUGCAUUAAAAUAUACUUUUAUUAAAGUCACCGAAAGAUAUUUUCUUUCACCAUAUUUUGGGAAAUUUUCCUUUCAAAUCUUGCCAUAUGAGCAGUGCUUAUUUACUUUUGAAGUAUAAAUACUAAAUAGGCAGAAUGUUCCUAUAGAGCUAGUUAAAUUCUUUUUAUAAUCCAGUAGUCAAACCCUAGGUGGUAGAAUUUGGGGAAUUUUAUGCAAUCUGUUUAAGCUUUAUUUUAACAAAAUUUGGUUAUAUUUGAUUACUUUUUUAUUUUUCCAUCUUAUUUACCAUCUCCACAUGAAAUUCUACAUUAUAUAAAAAAAAAUAACUGGAGAUAUGAAAAAUGCUAACAUAAGGAAAAUAAUUUAUUUGUAAACGCAUUCCAUAUGCAUAGAUAUGUCAAUUUAGGUAUUGUUCUUAUAUACCUAUUGAAUCCCAAAUUUAGUUUGUAAUGGAAGUUAACAGAUUAUUGUGAAAUAUUUGUGUUCUAGUUUUAACUUGACUGUGUCAUUCAAUAAUGCCUUUUUAUGUCACCAUUUAAAUUAAUACUGUGAGAAUAUUGUUAUUUUUACUAGGCAUUGAUGAAUUCCUAUAUACUUUUUUCAAGUCUAUACAAAAAAACCUCCAUCCAAAAUUAGUUAAAUAUUAUGAAACAGAAAUAGGGAUACUCUUAAAGACCUAACAACUCAUUAUCUUGUGAUCUUUGGAAGAAUAAUGUACUAUCUAAUGAACCUAUGCAAAAAUAUUGUUCGAUUUUCAAUAUUUAAUAAGACAUUGUAAUCUGUUCAAGAAAGUGUUCUGAAGAACAUCUUUUAAACGUUUCUGGGUAAUCUGAGUUUUCUUUCACUGAGCAAUGAAAGUACAGAUUAUAAUGUUUUAUGUCACUUUUUCUUUUCAAAGGUGAUAUGACUCCUAAAUUAAAAAGAGAGAGACUUCAUGCUUGCUAUUUUUCUUUUAAAGUUAUUUUAAUGGCAUUAUUCAGAUGUAACUGUAGUUUAUAAUACAAUAUAAAUUCAGUAUCAAACUAGCAUAAUUGAAAAAUUGGCAGCAAUCCUUUUAGUAUGCAUGGUAAUACUAGAAUACCAGCAGAUACAAUGUUAACUUGCUGUCAUUGAGUUUUCCCUUUAUUAAUGGAUAUCUGAAGUAUGAACUUUGAAUUCUGGUGUUGGUUAAGAAAUAAAUUCACUGUACUUUAGAUAUAUGCUGAAUAUUAUACAAUCCUAAUUUUUCCUAUAAAAUAGUCUUAUGGAGGCAUUGUGGGUGAGACCUGUAGUUUAAGAGGGCUGGGAUUGUCGGAUGAAUAUACAUUUUUCUUUGACAUAUUUGAUUCAGUAGAUUCAAACCUUGCUCUCUUUUUAAAUGUAAAUUUUGUUUCUUAAUUACUCUACUAAUAGAGCUUUUGAAGAUGUAAUUUAAAAUUGCACUGUUUUACUGUUCUUUCGCAUUCUGUAUGCAGAAGACUUAAUAGAUUCUCUACUCAGGAAAUCAAUUAGUUAAAUAAACAAGUCUGAUAAGUAUUUUGUUUUAUUUCUUUAUUUACAAAGAUAUUAAUCAUAUAUUGGACAUGUCCUUUGACAAGGUACUUAUGUCAAUGUAUUUAAAGAGUUUUAUAAGUCUGAAGAAACAUUCUUUUUGAUUAGCAAGAAUACAUACACUUCUGUUUUAGCUUCUAGUGCAUUUAUAAGCCCCUACCAUGGGCACCUGUACAAACAAAAAAAUAAUGCUGUUUAUUGCGCUAUAGACUUCAUCCUCUUUCAGAUGGAGCUCAUAAACACUGCAACUUACCUCAAGUCAACUUUAGAAGUUUGAUACUGAUGGACUAAAAAUACACCUAUAUGUCAGUUGUCUAUCAUUGUGAUUUGUCAGGUGUACCUUUUCCUUUUUAAUUUUACACAGUCAUCUGUGUCUCUGCUAAAUACUCUUUUUCUACAUAAUUGCACUUAUCUUGUUUAUUAUGUUUUCAUUCUUUAAAUAUUACUUUAUUUUUUGAACUUUACUUAAUUUUUUUUCACUUCUAGUGUUUUAUGUGCACUAUUGUUCCUGCUAAUCCUAAUUUCUUGAACUUUGUCAGACCUGUACUACUAACUAUAGGUUCAUGUGCAAUAGAUUUCACUGUCACAUAUCUAAUAAAAGAGCGAAGUUGAUCCUU